AUGCAAGACGACCCCUACUACCAAGCCCUAGUAGUCUAUGAGGAGAUUGAGGUGGGUCUAGAUGAAAAUCCGGAAGAAAACCCUGAAGGAGGUCCUGCAAUGGGUCAGGAGGUGGGACCUAGAAUGGAACCGGAAGAGUACGUAGUAACUGAUUAUGAAUAUGACGAAUCUGACCGGGAGUCAGAUGAAGGAAAGGACGUUAAGAAGACACCUAGUAAGCCCCACCCAUCGGAAGCCCUAUCAAACCCACACACGAUUAAGGAAAGUGAUACAGACUACAUACGCUCUAUUGAGAAAGAAAUAGCAAAUCUCAAGCGUCAACUCUUUGCGGCAGAAGCCAGAGCCGUUUGA